CACGGCGGGGCGCGUUGCUAGGCAGCGGGCUCGGUGUCCUAGCAACGCGGGCGUGCGGGCUGCCGGCCGUCGUGUGUGAGGGGAGGAGCGUCGCGAAGAAAUGGGGGCAUGGCCAUGAGGCAGCAGUGUACCUUUGGCAUCCUGGGGUGUGUUAGAAGGGGGAUGGUUAGCAGGUCGAGAGAGGUUCACCUCCCUCUCUACUCUGCCCUGGUGAGACCGCAUCUGGAAUAUUGUGUCCAGUUCUGGGCCCCUCAGUUCAAGAAGGACAGGGAACUGCUGGAGAGAGUCCAGCGCAGGGUAACAAAGAUGAUUAAAGGAGGGAAACAGGCUGCCCAGGGAGGUUGUGGAGUCUCCUUCUCUGGAGACAUUCAAAACUUGCCUGGACACAUUCCUGUGUAACCUCAUCUAGGUGUUCCUGCUCUGGCAGGGAGAUAGGACCAGAUGAUCUUUUGAGGUCAUUUCCAAUCCCUAACAUUCUGUGAUUGUACAAAUCCCACACCAGGCAGCACAGGCCUUUCCGGAGGCCCUAUCACAGCUGCUGCAAGGCGUGGGGUUUAUUUAACAGUGUGUUUGAGCGACACUAAGCGUCCAGUGAGGUGGUGCCGGGCAGGGCUGGCAGUCGGUAGUGCCGUUAUGCUGUGGGGAACUUCGUCGUUUUAAGACGCUCAUUUGAUCUUCUCCUUUUUGGCUUUUCCCUGCUGAACGGAAGAAAACGUUUAUUAUUGUCAGGCCCACGUAUGUGUGUGCCCCUGCAACGUUUCCUCCUCGGCCGUGAGGAGCCGCCAUGGAGCCGUGAGGGGCUGGAAGGAACCGGCGCCACCUCAGGGGAGCGGCGCCCCCGCGCGGAGCUGCGGGUGCUGCACCGCCGGGGUGGGGCCGGGCGUCCGGGGCGUCAGAAACCUUCAGAGCCCCCGAGCUGUUUUCAGUCAUCGGUACGAUAAAGCGUUGUGAUAGUUACUAAUGAAAUACAUAUGUAAAGUGUCAGGUGUUGUACGUUUCUCGAUAUUUAAAAAAAAAAGGGAAUGUGGUCGCUGUCUUAAGUUACGCCUGCCUUAUAGCCUGCUGUUGCCGUGGCUACAGUUUUCAAGCACAUGCACACAUUUAACAUUUGAUAUGUAUUUUUAAAGUGUUAUUUUGCAAAUGAGCACAUUUUCAGAAGUCAUCCUCAUGACAGCAAUGUUAAAAAAUUAUUAAAGAUUUUUUUUCUCACCCCUCCAAGCCUGCUACUUUGCCUCAGUGCCCAUUAUUUUUUAAUGUAGGCUUAGUUACUGACUUGCCAAGUCUAUUUAAAAAGGGAUUAUCAAUUUAUGGGAAUUACACACUUCAGUGUAAAAUACACAGUGAGCCAUAGUCAUCUUCCAGCCAGUCAGGGGGUUUUCCUUUUGUAAUCUUUAGACAGCCUUUUUUCAUAGUUAAACACGCUGCAUUGCAAAAGCCAGGUGUGAUUUCGUCUUGUCUGAUAGGGAACAGCGCUGUUCAGCUAGUGGCUAGAGAGGAAUUUUUCUGGAGAAGUGGCUUGGUUCAUAAGAGAAAUGAGAGUUGUUAUAAGUAUUGUUAUUAGAAUGGGAUUUCCCAAGAUUGCGAAAUCCUUGGGGGUAUGCAUAAGAUUAGAAGGGGAAAUACAUUUACACAUGACCACAGAUCAGGAUAUCAAACCUUGCGUAAGAAUUUGAUCUUAAUCUUGAAAACCACGCUGUAAUGUUUUUAGCUGUUAUGUUAUCAGAAACUUUUUGGGGUAAACUGAAGUGUAAAAGUGCCAUCCUGUUACCCGUAAAUUGUAAUCUUGUACUUUAAUAAAAUGAAGUUUUGAUAUAUAUGUUUUUUUCAACUUGAAUACUUGUCCAGUCUUGAGAGUUUUUCAAUAGCUAGUGGACUGUGUGCUCUCCCCAAAGCACCAGAGUUCAUUCAGGAGGUACAGCUCCUGUGGCCCUGAGCAUGAUGGGACGCAGAGCGCUGAAAAGACAGUGCUGACAACCUCUGCUGCUUUACAUAAAGCACUUUUGGGGCAGAUAACUCUGAAUUCCAGUGUGAGAAGUGUAUCCUUGUGAGAAAAGCAGUGGAUAUAACAAUAUGCAGCAAAGCAGGGUGGGCAGUAGCUGAACUUUGAGAGCCUUGCAUCUGUUUGUGACAGUGUACUUGGAAUUCAGGAUCACCUUGGAGGAUUUACCUGACAGUGGGAUGUCGGUAGAAACUGCACUGUAAACAGUAACAGUUGUUAAGAUUUAUGAAAUUCGAAGUGGCAUAAGUGCCACUGUUGGUGAACAAAGUCCCCUUGUCAUAUGACAGAGAGGUGGGUCUGUCAAGCAUGAGUUCAACAUCCUGAUUAAUAUCACAAAACUUUCUGGGUGUUGAUUUAGUGAAGAAGUCCUUUCCUGAGACUGAUUUCAGAGGGCUUUAAAUCUGUUUCAUGAGUCAUUGUAUUGACAGGGGUAGUACAGUACUUUACUUACAUGUGAGCUGGGCUUAUUGGUUUUCAGUUUGGGAGGCAACUUAGAAUUUCCUUUCUUUUCCCCAUUCAUGUGUAAAAGAGCAAAUGUUUAUUUAUUCACAACUAAUGGCAUUAGGUAUAAAGGCAUAUAUGUAAGGUUUUCUUCUAGAAUCUGGUGAUUUGCUCUGGAAUGAGCAUGGCAGGUAUUUUACUAGGGCUUAUUAGCAGUUUGUUUUCGGUGGUGGUGAGCUCUCUGUGCUUUAACUGGUGUAUGAAAGUGUACUGUACAUGGAGUGCAUGCUGGGACUGCCUAUCUGGUGGUUGCUUGGUUGCACUAAGCUGCUGUUGUAACAAUAAUCUAUGUUAAAAUGUAGAGAGGGGAAGGAGCCAAAGUGAUGCCCUACUGUUACUUGUUUUAAGUAAUAGGUAAUAUCAGUAGGGCUGUACUUUUAUAAUAGUAGUUGUGAAAAGCAUCAAAGAUUUGAGAGGAAGAGGCAAUGCAAAGGAAUAACAAGAGCUGCCUUAGUGUCAAGGGUUUUGAUUGCGGGGUGACAAUAAAGCUGUGGCAGAUGUAUUGUUAACCCCCUCUCCCGCCGCUUCCCCCCUCAACCCCUCCCUCUCCCCCCUUCCCACUAAGGACAGGCAAUUGGGAGGAAAAGAAGGACAGAGAGAAGAGAGUUGGAAAGAUUAAAAAUGUUUUACUAAUGCUACUAAAAAGAAUAGAGAAAAUAAUACAAAAUACACAAAACUAAUCUUGGAAGUCCCAGCAACGGCAGAGCCAGCACCCGGAGUCCUGGACUGGACUCUGCAGCCAAGCAGAGCUGGAUUCAGUCUGUCACUAGGCCUCAGUUCGCAGGGACGACUAGCAAGGUCCUCUCCUAAUAUCGGCCAUAAGGAAAUUGGACGAAAUCCUUGUGAUCUCCCACUUUUAUAUGAAGUAUUCACGUGAAUGGGAUGUUAUACACAGUUGGUCAGUUUCUUGGCCACCUCUUUCUCAUUGCCCCUCUGGUGAGAUGUGAAUCUGUGCUUAUCAAUAACUUCACAUUCCAUUGCUAUGUUUACCAAAACAUGUAUCUGGUUUUCCAGGAAAAUGCAGCUAAUAUGAAGGCUUUACCUGACAAGCAAAUUCACUAAAAAAGAAACUUGUUUUUAACAAAUCCAGGACACUUAGUGAACUUUACUGAGAAUAGGGGGCAAAUUCGAGAAAUGGAAGUAAAAAAUAAAAAGUCACUGGUUAAGCUGAGUAAAUUUUCAUAUGAGCGGACUUACUGUAUCUUUGUCUCCUUGUGGCUGCAUUCAAAGGGGAAAAGACUCUGAGGAGAUUUCCUAACGGCUACCUGUUGCAGGAGCUUCUGUAGGACAUCUUUGUUGAGCUGCUCAGAAUCAUAAAACCAGCUGAAGAGACUGACCGCUGAAAAGUAAAUAAUGAAGCACACCCCCCUGCCCCCUCCCUCCUUAACUGAUGUGGAUGGAAAAGAAGGACACCUAGACCUUAUGUUUACAAGCACUGUGAAGGAUAUGCUAUGCAAAAAAAUUAAAAAAAGUCCUGUUCUGGGAUGGAUGUCUCUCAUUUUGAGUGGUUAUGGUUCAUUUUUCUUUCUCCUGUAGUGGAAAUAAUGGGGAGCCAGGUAUAAGAAAACAUCCACACAUCUCACUUGAGUAAUGAAGAGUUUAUCUGCCUCUGCCUCACUGUGAACUCCAAGAAACUGAAGUUUGUCCUCUUGCGUUUACCCAGUGAACUGGUUUGCAAAUAGAUUAGCUUCACAAAAGUAAAUGUUUCUUCACCUGUUUUGUAGCAGGGGACAUAGAGGGAAUGAAGUUAAGUUACAUACCUAAAACACCCAGCACCUUGGUGUCUGGGUAAGAUUUGUGGGGCUCUAAGCUCCAUCUCUCUCCUAUCUAAGCAAUUACAUAGACCUCUGGAUUUAGAGAAUGACACCUUGAAAAAAGCUCAGAACAUAAUUUUGUGCAAAAUUAAUCCAUGGACGUACAGUUCUCAGAAUUAUUUUCCAGUUCUUCCAGGAAAAUCCUCCUGUCACCAGAAUGACUUUUUUUUCUGUUUAUUUUGCCCAUCUUAGUGCUUCUAACUGCAGUUGAGUGACACGCUUGAAAAAAGACACACAGUGGGUUUCUAAGUACCUGUAGUUAUUCUGCUUCCUAAAUUCCAUGUGUGUGACAGAGUUGUCAGUAAUAUAUAGUAUUGAUUGCUUAUGUGUAAAUCUGCUGAUAGCCAAAGAGAGAGGGAAAUAGAUUAAAAACUAGUCCCAACCCUUAAAGACCAGAAACCACCCUACCUACUGAAGUCAUUCAAUAGGAGGAGUCAUGAAUUGCAGAAGCUGGAAUAUAGCUUUGCUUUCUGCUUCCUACUCCACAUGUCACUUACUUUGUUAGUGGGAGUCAGGUCAGAAAUCUAGCAUACUACAAGGAAACACUAGAUUUGCCACUUGUCUGUGGAUGUUGCGUAUUGCUUUUCUCCAUUUCCACAUGCUGAAAUUGUGUUUCUUCAUCUUUUUGAUAUACUGGGUGAAAUCAGAUGAGGAGGAAAAAUGUCCUGAAUUUACAGAUCUUAAUAUAGGCAAUGCUUUAUCUGGAACAGAACUCCAAGUCCAGCUGCUACUAUACACAAGGGAAAAUCCAAAUUGCUCUGAGAGACUCAUUGAACAUAAUGUUGCUGCAUCUGGGUACCUUGAUACCUCCAAGAAAAUUGUUUUUGUUAUUCAUGGCUUCAGACCAACGGGAUCUCCACCAGCAUGGCUAGGUGACAUGAAGGAGCUUUUACUGUCUUCAGAAGACAUUAAUCUCAUUAUAGUGGAUUGGAAUCGUGGUGCUACAACUGUAAAUUAUAUAAUUGCUGUUGAAAACUGCAGAAAAGUUGCAGAAAUACUAAAGAACUAUAUUGACCAGAUGCUGGUAGAUGGAGCUUCUCUUGACACAAUCUAUAUGAUUGGUGUUAGUCUUGGGGCUCAUAUAGCUGGCUUUGUUGGCCAGAAGUAUAAUGGCAAAGUUGGCAGAAUUACAGGUCUUGAUCCAGCGGGCCCUUCAUUCACUCAACAACCACCAGAGGAGCGACUGGAUCGUACUGAUGCGCAAUUUAUUGAUGUAAUUCAUUCAGAUACUGAUGCACUAGGUUUCAAGAAACCUUUAGGAACCAUUGAUUUCUAUCCAAAUGGUGGAAUGGAUCAGCCUGGUUGUCCAAAAACAGUAUUCAGUGGACUUCAGUAUUUUAAGUGUGACCAUCAAAGAUCUGUCUUCCUCUUCUUAGCAUCUUUGAAAAGAAGGUGCAACAUAAUAACAUAUCCUUGUGACUCUUACUUGGAUUACAAGAGAGGAAAAUGUGUUGAUUGUGAAGCUUUCCAGCCUAUGUCCUGUCCAGUACUGGGUUAUUAUGCUGAUAGAUGGAAAAAAAUGCUAAUCCCAAAAAGUUCACCAACAAAAGCUUAUUUUGAUACCUCGGACCAAGACCCAUUCUGCAUGUAUAACUACUUACUGGAAAUUACUACCUGGAAUAAAGGCACUAGGAGAGGUUUCAUUAAAGUUAAAAUAACAGAUUAUGCUGGAAACACAGUAGAAUCAGAGAUGAAUAGUGAAGCUUCGACAUUUCGGCAAUAUAAAAAAGUCAAAAUACUAACUGGAUUUUACCAAGACCUUGACAAAAUAUCAAAAAUUUCCUUGACCUUUUCUACGAAGACUUUAAUAGGCCCAAAACACAAACUUAGGAUUCUCCAGAUGAGGCUGAAAUCCCUUAAUAAUCCAGAAAGGCUGCAGCUGUGCAGAUAUGAUUUUGUACUGAUGGAGAACACUGAACUGACUUUCAAACCUAUUCCUUGCCCAGAGAAGGGUACAUGAAGAGAGAGCUUCUACUAAUUUAAUUUGUCUUAUAGCAGUGACAUUUUGAUUCUUCCUCAGGAUAAAGACUGCAAUAGGAAAGGAAAUGAGAUAAGCUAGAUUUAUUUUCCAGAGUCUACCUGCAUCACUUACUUGGAGUGCCUUAGGGUGAAAUUACUUGAAAAGUUCAGAUUCUAUGUGUUUGGGAAAUUUGAAUAAAGUAAGUGUAUUGUGGUC